AUGGGUCCCAACGAGAAUGUGCUGUUGUUAGACAGAGCACUUGAUGAGGAUUUCACAGAAUCUUUGAAGAAGUUAGUGUAUGAAAAACUGGAGGACGUUCCUGAGGAUUCCAAGGAUUGGCGUCCUGGAAGUGAUAACCAAGUGCUGGACUUGGUUCACCCUUCAUUGUAUCCUUUACAGUAUGGAAAGACAAAAGUGAUGACGGGAAAUCUGUUUGAAGUUUCCAAGAUGAUAGUUCCCAAGGAUAUACCUACGUACACUAACUGUUUAGGAAAAGACUAUUUGUCGGAGAUCUAUCAGUGGCUUCCAUCCAUUUUUCACGUUUCAAAAAAAGAUGGGGGUACGAUGUGGACAUACAAUCUAUAUUAA